AUGUUGACAAAGUGUUGUUUAUGCAUCGACCUCAAAAAUGGCACUCGCACUUUAGCUUUGCUUGGUGCUAUACAAAAUUUCUUCCAAAUUUUGCGAGUUGUAUUUCUGACUAAGGAAAAGUUUAAUGUUGGUUACUUUAUCCUGACUGUUUAUCUUCUAGCGAAUUUUGCUCUUUGUACUAUUGGUUUUAUCGGCACAUUGAAGAACAAACUCAAUUAUGUCAAAAUAUUCGCAUACUACUAUUGGAUUUAUUUCUUUUUGGAACUACUAUUCUCGAUCGUAUACUCAGCGGCAGUCCUUCAACUGGAAAGGGAUUUAUGUCAAAAACUGCCUACUGAAGAUAGGGAAGAAUGCAUGAGAAGUUAUAUUGGGAGUAUUUGGGCUACGGUGUUCGCCUUCGGAAUAGUUAGCUUAAUUCAGCUUCAUUUCUGUCUCGCUGUAUGGGCUUAUUAUCAGAACCUUCGCUCAGAAUACGACAGUGUUGAUACUCAUGAUUCUGAACGUGUUAUUCCACCUGCUACGUACGACUCGACCCCCGCACGUACAUAUGGUUCAACUACCGGAUCUUCAGGAUAG